AUCAUCACGAGACAUACAGAAAAUCGGGACAGGCCAUAGUAGUCGUUCUCUAAGAUAGCAGGAAGCUGGAUUCAAGAGCCGUACUGGGGUCAAUCCUCUUUGAAAUAGAAUAAGUAGGAAAGUCCUGCUGCCAAUUUCCUCGAGUAUUGACCAAUCGUAUCUAGUUUUUUUUUAUCCGCCCGAAGCUCGCGAGCGGGCACAAAAUGAACAGUGAUGAGGAAAUCGGAGAAUUGAAAGAUGUGUAUGAUUUCAUAGCGCAAACCAAAUUCAAGAAGGCGUUCGUUUGUGCUACGAAAGUUCUAGACCAGCAGCCACCCUUGCCAUCGGGUGCCACGGACGAGGAUCCUCUUCGAGAGCUGUUUCUUUUCAUCAUCAACAAGUACGCGGACCAACUCGAGCAGGAGGGCAAGAUUGAACAGGUGUUCGAAACCAUAGAGCAAGGGUUGCAAUACUUCCCGGGGCAUCCGGAACUUCUGAACGAAACGGGAGUACGACUACAAAGAUAUGGUCGAUCGUUAGAAGCUUCAAUCUGUUUUGAGCGCGUGCUACUGCAGGAUGUCCGCUAUCUCAAGGCGUAUCAAAAUCUACAAAACACAAAAUGUGAGCUUGUUGAAAGGUGGCAUUUUCGGAUGUUAAACGAUGUGGUACGCAAUGCCGCUUUUCGGGCGGCAAUUGAGAAUCAGAUUGCAGCGGGAUAUGACGAAGUGCUGGACAUCGGCACUGGAACCGGCUUACUAUCAAUGUAUGCACUGCACUGUGCUGGAAUUAAGAAAGCGGCCGCAUGUGAUGGAUCAGAAAUAAUGGUGCAAAUCGCAAGAGACGUAUUUGGUGCGAAUGGGCUAAGCGACCGUAUUUGUUUGUUUCAGAGCUACUCACAAGACUUAAAAAUCGGUGAACGGUUUUCUCUUAUCGUUACUGAAACGCUCGAUUCUGGUGCUUUCGGAGAGGGCAUCCUUGAGACGUUAAUACACGCCAAAAAGCACCUUCUUUUGCCCAAAGGAAAAAUUAUCCCAUCUAUGGUAACACUACAUAUUUCAGGGUACCAAUCGCGAGCAUUAACGGCGAGCAAUAUUUUAAUCAACGAAGAAUUUAGUGAGGAAUUCUCUUUGCCUAGUAAUUGCCUUUUGUCCAAGGAAGGCACCAAGUGCUACGAUGCGGAAGACAUUAGUCGUAUACAGGCAAAUGAUGACUUUGAAUUCGUGACUGACACGGUGUCAGCAGUGGUUGUCGACUUUAACGAUCUCGACUGUCUGGUUCGUUUUAAUAACGGAUUGGAAGUAGGCGAAGUGGUUCUAACCUGUCGCAAUAAUGGAUCGCUUCUUGACGGGUUCGUUGUAUGGUUUGAUCUGCAACUGGACGAUCAGAAUUCUAUUAGUACCGAUCCCAAGACCAAUACGUGCUGGAAUCAAGCUAUAUUUCGCUUAAAUCAACGGCUCCCGGUGGCAAAGGAUCAAAAGCUGAAAUUAACGAUAUCCUGUAAGGAUGGUGCGCUCGCCGUAGCACACAAUCUCAACUCGAUCGAUAAUCAGAUAAGUGUCGAUGAGCAUGUGAUUGAGUUUCUGAACGACAACGAAUACUAUACUAGCCUAACACAGUCCGUCAAGGGGCUUUCCGACAUGGAGAAGAUUCUCGAUUUGUCACUCUUCCCGUACGCAGGUUUAAAGCUACUGAAGGAGGGGAAAGCACGAAAGCUGUUAUGUUUGGAUCAGUCUGAAGAUUUAGUAGAAUUUAUUGCCAAUCAAAACGACAUUCCUAUGGGCAGCAUAAUUCUAGUUAAUUCUGUACAGGAGAUAUUGGUCUUGAACGACUACACACUCGAUCUUAUUAUACUGCAGCCGGUAGACGUGUUCGGUCAGAUCAAUAGCGAACAUUUUUGUCUCUAUCAAUCACUGCUACCGAAACUGAAACCAAUUGGCACUGUCAUACCUUUAACUCUGGAGCUCCAUGGAUGCCUUAUUGAAUCCGACUGGAUUGUUAAAUGCUGUCGAGUGGACAACCAAGAGCUCGAGGAGUUCCAGAUCAACAAAUAUUUGGCGUCACUAGAAACGGAAAAUCAUCUUGAUCUUGGGCCGUUUACUUUUCGCCAACUAUCUGAAUCCAUCAAGCUGGCUGAGGUGCAGUUCGACGGUAAGCUGCACGAACAUGAGGUAGAAUUGAGUCUUUAUGAACCCACUGAAGCGACUCGGGUACAUGCCAUAUUGUAUUACUACUAUCUUGGUUUUACAACAGACCUUCCAAAGUUAAGCACUAACCGAUCACAUUCUUUUGCUAAGCGAUCAGCUUUCAUUAUUUCGAAAUGCACAUUCCAAGCAGCCAAAAAAGUAGACGCCAACAGUGAUCAAACAAGUUUUGCACCGCCACUAGCCCGGUUGUGCUUGACGACCCUCCAAAACCAUGGUGUUAUAAGGUGUGAUGUCGCAACCACAGAUGCCUGGGGGAAAGCCUGAAAUAUCCUUAACACUAGCCACAACUAAAGUGCAAUAUGGGCAGUGAUCGAUCUGUUACCCCAUAAUUCCAUUACCCCAUAAAUAUGAGGUGCUUAUUCCGGUGAGGCGCCUCAGGUGUCAAAUUCAUCUCCCGUCUGCCUCAUAUGAUAUAGAAGCAAACUUGAGUAUUGCCUAAAUGUUAGGAAUGUGUAUCAACGUAGACAAAUUUCGACUGUCACCAGAUCAAAUAGUAUAUUCUAUUGCAACGGAAUUACUUACGUAUCCAGCAUUUAUAACCGCUGCGAGUAUCACAUACACUUUAACGAAAUUACAAGGAAUGGAUUAAGGGUAAGAGUAGGGCACAAUAAUAGAAGCUGUUAGAACAAACAAAUUCGUCAUCAAAGGUUCCAACUUGCUGUGUACUGAUAGUAUUUGUAGUACCUAUGCAACACCAAUUUAUAUUCUUUUUUACAUGUAUAAGAACUGGCAAGCCGUAUGUUGGCCAAUCAAUAUUCGUUGAGGUACAUUUUUUGUUUUUAUUAAUGGAUCACAUAUCAGCAUUUGAGCGAUCGAAUCAGAAUGAAGCAAAUUUUUAAUUUCAUUCCUUUCCUUCCAUUUGCUAUGGUACGCGUACAAUAAAAUAGAUUACAUUCCA